AUGAAGCUUGUUAUUUUAUUUUUAAGAUGUACUCGCCUUAAAGAAAAGUUUCCUUUUAUUGAUGAACCUCUUUCAGAAGAAGAAAAGAAAUUUCCACUUGCUUAUGGCAUUCUUGUGUAUAAAUCGGCUUUCCAAGUUUACAUGAUGAUGAGUGCUAUUUAUCAUCCGCAGAAUAUUUAUUGUGUUUCGAUUGAUGAAAAAUCAACUAAAGAAUUUAAAGAUUCAAUGUUAUUGCUUACUGACUGUUUUCCGAAUAUUUUUGUUAUGGUAGGGUUUAAUCUAGUCCAAAAAAUUAUUUUAAAGGCAAGUGUAAACCCUGUUGGUUGGUGUGAAUUUGGAGUAGCUCGUUCGCUUUAUAAUUGCUUUCGUUAUUUGACUGAACAUAAGCAUGACUGGAAAUAUUUUCAAUACCUGAGUGGAUUUGAUUUGCCUUUGAAAACAAAUUUGGAAGUAUAUUUAUUAUACAUAUUUUAUAAUGUAAAUUUCUUACAGAUGGUUCGAAUUUUUAAGCAACUAAAUAGAUCUAUCAAUAUGCAAGUUUCUUUGUAUCCGACUAACCGGCUUGGUGCAGAACUUAAGCCCCCGUUACCCUUAUGGAAGUCAAGUAUGUCUUCUUUGUUUCCCCGUGAAGCAGCUAAUGUUAUGGUCUCCAGUUCUAAAGUGCAUGAAUUGCUGAGAUUCUUGGAACAGACAAUUUGUUCUGAUGAAACUGUCUGGACUACUGUUGCAGGAAAUCCACAAGGUGUUUAA